AUGGCCCCGAGACGAUCGGCUCGGGUAAGCGCUAUAACGCAGCAGGCUGCGUUGGAGAAGAACAACGUACUGAAACAGCAGCCUCCGAAGAAGGAGAAGAAGACUUCUCAGAACAAUGGCGUUACAAAGAAGAAUUCUGCAAAAGCUACCCCAACACAAACUAGCGGGAAGGGGAGGAAAGUAUCUACUUCAAAAAGCCACAGCCGCAGUUAUAGUCCCAUCGACAACAGACAAUGUAGCCUUCAAAAUCCCCGACAUCCCACCCCCCUCAACCCCCAAACCCCAUUAUCGAUAAGCAUCCGUGUCCGCUGUUUUCCCCCGCGGGGCCUGGCGGAGGAGAUUGACCCGUUCAACGCGCUUGUCAGCGGCAUUAUUGGGCAGCAGGUGUCCGGGGCGGCGGCGAAGAGCAUUAAGAGGAAGUUUUUGGGCUUGUUUGGGUGUCUUGAUUGUAAUGGUAAUGCCGAAGCAAGUAAUAACGGUGUGAAUGCCACCGAGAAAGGCGUCGGGGAGGCGAAAGAGAGUGCGGAAAUGCGCUAUGACCGUGACGACCGCUUCCCGACCCCCGCACAGGUAGCUGCAUGCGGUGUCGCAACGCUGCGCACGGCCGGUCUUUCGCAGCGCAAGGCGGAGUAUAUCCAGGGGUUGGCGGAAAAGUUUGCCAGCGGCGAGCUGAGUGCCCACAUGCUGCUGCAGGCGAGCGAUGAGGAGGUGCUGGAGAAGCUGAUUGCGGUGCGAGGACUGGGGCGGUGGUCUGUGGAGAUGUUUGAGUGCUUUGGGCUGAAGAGGAUGGAUGUGUUUUCCACGGGGGAUUUGGGGGUUCAAAGAGGAAUGGCCACUUUCGUCGGCCGCGAUGUCAGUAAACUUAAAGCCAAAGGCAGUGGGAAAUUCAAGUACAUGUCCGAGAAGGAAAUGCUAGAGAUUGCGGCGCCAUUUUCUCCGUAUCGGAGUCUGUUGAUGUGGUAUAUGUGGCGGAUUGAGAAUGUGGAUAUUUCGAUCAUGCAGUGA